AGGAAAGACGCGCGAGCCGCGGCUGCCCGGAACCGGCCUUGGAACUGUGGCGGAACCGAAGGCCGCUUGCCCUCCCGCCCCAUGGAGCGGCCCCCGGGGCUGCGGCCGGGCGCGGGCGGGCCCUGGGAGAUGCGGGAGCGGCUGGGCACUGGCGGCUUCGGGAAUGUCUGCCUGUAUCAACAUCGGGAACUUGAUCUCAAAAUAGCAAUUAAGUCCUGUCGCCUAGAGCUAAGUACCAAAAACAGAGAACGGUGGUGCCAUGAAAUCCAGAUCAUGAAGAAGUUGAACCACGACAAUGUCGUAAAGGCCUGUGAUGUUCCUGAGGAAUUGAAUUUUUUGAUUAAUGAUGUGCCUCUUCUAGCAAUGGAAUAUUGUUCUGGAGGAGAUCUGCGUAAGCUACUCAACAAACCAGAAAAUUGCUGUGGACUUAAAGAAAGCCAGAUACUUUCUUUACUGAGCGAUAUAGGAUCUGGGAUUCGAUAUUUGCAUGAAAAUAAAAUUAUACAUCGUGAUCUAAAACCUGAAAACAUAGUUCUUCAGGAUGUUGGUGGAAAGAUUUUGCAUAAAAUAAUUGAUUUGGGAUAUGCCAAAGAUGUUGAUCAAGGAAGUCUGUGCACGUCUUUUGUAGGAACAUUGCAAUAUCUGGCCCCUGAGCUCUUUGAGAAUAAGCCUUACACAGCCACUGUUGACUAUUGGAGCUUUGGGACUAUGGUGUUUGAAUGUAUUGCUGGGUAUAGGCCUUUUUUGCAUCAUCUGCAGCCAUUUACCUGGCAUGAGAAGAUUAAGAAGAAGGAUCCAAAGUGUAUAUUUGCAUGUGAAGAGAUGACGGGCGAAGUUCGAUUUAGUAGCCAUUUACCUCAACCAAAUAGCCUUUGUAGUUUAAUAGUAGAACCCAUGGAAAACUGGCUACAGUUGAUGCUGAACUGGGAUCCUCAGCAGAGAGGAGGACCUAUUGAUCUCACUUUGAAGCAGCCAAAAUGUUUUAUAUUAAUGGAUCACAUUCUGAAUUUGAAGAUAGUACACAUCCUAAAUAUGACUUCUGCAAAGAUAAUUUCUUUUCUGUUACCACCUGAUGAAAGUCUUCAUUCACUGCAGUCUCGUAUUGAGCGUGAAACUGGAAUAAAUACUGGUUCUCAAGAGCUUCUUUCAGAGAUGGGAAUUUCUCUUGAUCCUCGGAAACCAGCCUCUCAAUGUGUUUUGGAUGGAGUCAGGGGCUGUGAUAGCUAUAUGGUUUAUUUGUUUGAUAAGAGUAAGACUGUAUAUGAAGGACCAUUUGCUUCCAGAAGCUUAUCUGACUGCGUAAAUUAUAUUGUACAGGACAGCAAAAUACAGCUUCCAAUUAUACAACUGCGUAAAGUAUGGGCCGAAGCAGUACACUAUGUGUCUGGGCUAAAAGAAGACUAUAGCAGGCUCUUUCAGGGACAGAGAGCAGCAAUGUUAAGUCUUCUUAGAUAUAAUGCUAACUUGACAAAAAUGAAGAACACCUUGAUCUCAGCAUCUCAGCAAUUGAAAGCGAAAUUGGAGUUUUUUCACAAAAGCAUUCAACUUGACUUGGAAAGAUAUAGUGAGCAGAUGACUUAUGGGAUAUCCUCAGAAAAAAUGUUAAAAGCAUGGAAAGAAAUGGAAGAAAAGGCUAUCCACUAUGCUGAGGUGGGUGUCAUUGGAUAUCUGGAGGAUCAAAUCAUGUCCCUGCACACUGAAAUCAUGGAGCUACAGAAGAGCCCCUAUGGACGGCGUCAGGGAGACUUGAUGGAAUCUCUGGAACAGCGCGCCAUUGAUCUCUAUAAGCAGUUAAAGCACAGACCUGCAGAUCACUCUUACAGCGACAGCACGGAGAUGGUGAAAAUCAUUGUGCAUACUGUGCAGAGUCAGGACCGGGUUCUCAAGGAGCUGUUUGGUCAUUUGAGCAAGUUGUUGGGCUGUAAGCAGAAGAUUAUUGAUCUACUGCCCAAGGUGGAGAUGGCUCUCAGUAACAUCAAAGAAGCUGACAAUACUGUCAUGUUUAUGCAGGGAAAGAGGCAGAAAGAAAUAUGGCAUCUCCUUAAAAUUGCCUGUACACAGAGUUCUGCUCGGUCCCUUGUAGGAUCCAGUCUAGAAGGUGUAACCCCUCAGGCCUCAGCAUGGGUGCCCCCAACUUCAGCAGAACGUGAACGUCCUCUGUCAUGCGUGGUAACUCCUCAAGAUGGGGAGACUUUAGCACAAAUGAUAGAAGAAAAUUUGAACUGUCUUGGCCAUUUAAGCUCUAUUAUUCAUGAAGCAAAUGAGAAACAGGGCACUAAUAUGAUGAAUCUUGAUUGGAGUUGGUUAACAGAAUGACUUGCCCCCAAACUUAUGAAGUUGUUGCUGGAAAUUUUUUUUUCCUGUGAAACCAUUCUUCAGACACCUGUCAAUGGACGUUUGAACAGAGAAUUUUAUAAGUCAGUGGACUUGUUGAAAUAAGACAGCUACUUAGCAACACUGGAAUCCAUUUAUCUUCAAAUUUGGUAAAACAUUACUGAAGUAUCUUUUAACAUUUAACUUUUGGUCAUAAGGCCAGAAUAAUGUAUACAGAGAAGAAAAUCUCAGCUAACUUCUAAAUUGUUUGCCUGUGUUUCUAUGUGGAAGAGACUGCUCACAAGUAGAAGGGUAACAUCUUGAAGAAUAAACCCUACUUCCUUGUGUUGCACUCAAGAGUACUCUUCCUGGCAUCAUAGGAGUUAUUUUAAUCCAAUUUUCACUUGUACUGCACAUUUGACAAGAUUGUGCAUUUGUGCCUUUAAUAUCAUUGAUUCUUAUAAAUCUUAAGUGUGCUGUGUGUAUAUGUAUUUAAGAUGUACAUUUAAUAAUAUCAGAGAAGAUGCUUGUUAAUUUAUAAUGUAUUUGAAAACAUAUCUGUUUUUCAUUUGUAAAAAUGGAUCUUUUAAGAAUCUUUUAUGUCUUAUCAUACAAAUGCAUAAAGAUCUGCACUCCCUUAUCUGUAAUUCCAAAAUCCAAAAAGCUCUAAAAAUGUAUUUCAUAAGCUUGGUGACAAAAUUUGUUUGCACAUCUAACCUGAACUGACAUUAUGACUCUACUUAUAUCAUUUAGUGUGAACAUUCAUUUGUUUUGCUGCAGAAGUAUUAACAUGUUUGUUUAUCGGGAGGGUGCUGCCACAGACCCUGCCUGGGUAUAUGCAGUAUGGUAUGUGCACUAAAUUAUCUUUCUAAAAUCUGAAAAUUUCAUAAUUCUGGAACAUCUGGCCCAAAGGGUUUCAGAUAAAGGGUUGUGGAUCUAUCAUCUGUAAAAUAAUUUAGAAGGUUUUUGUUAAAAAAAAUGUGAAAUGUUUUGUA